UGUAAGAGGGUGAUUCGAUCUCCAUUGAUUCAACAUCAGUUGAGAUUAUCACAUGGUAGUCACAUGACUUUGUCUGACAUCUGCAAGCUGAAAAUGCAUCAGCUGUGAAUCACAUGACUUCUUUAUGAGAGGGAAAGAUUGGGAGCAUAUGCAGUCUAGCUGAAUCAUUAUCACAUGAGAUAAUCCACUUGAAAGUGCCAUCCUCCCCCUGGUCAUGUGGGUCACCAGCGUAAGUGACAAGUACCUCCACAGCCAUUCCGCGCCUUCUUCAUCAGCUGACAGGAACAGCUCCCUCUACUUUCCAUAAAGAACUAAUUACCGAUACGUCUUGCCGUUAUGAGAGCAUCUUACUGAAGCAAAUUGCACAUUAGAAUGGACACUUAGCUCUCAACUGCGGUGGAUAUUUGUUACAGUUUGAUACGGAUUGAUAUUUUGAUUGGAGAAAAAUCCAUUCCACCCUGCAGACUACAUGGAAAGUUACUUGUCGCAUCUAUUCCUCGGAGAUACUCACUUUCAAUUGUCCAAUCAAACUUUUGGAAAUUUUUUAGAGCCUUCCAGCGAUUAUUUCCAAAGAGCUGGUGGUUAAAGUGUUUCAUUUCCAGUAAACAUACAAUAAAUACUAACUCAGGGACCCAGUUAUAGCAUCACUGUGAAAUCUGGAGUGGCAGUAUUCAAAAUUGUUCAGUAAUUGUGAUAUUUUCAGACUUUAUUGAUUUUUUUUUAAUAUUUUUGAGAUCUCAUAAUUUUCAUUUAUCACAACUUUAACAUCAAGAGCAGAUAUGGGAAAAGGGAGAGGAAAGGGAAAACAUGGAGUGGGAACUGACAGUAUGCCUACCCCACCGGACGGGGGGUGGGGCUGGUUUGUGGUACUUGGAUCCUUUCUCCUCCAUGUGGUGGCAGACGGAAUUGUGUAUUCUUUUGGUGUCUUCUACAUGGAGUUCCUGCAUUAUUUUAAGGGAGGAAAAGGGGAGACAGCAUGGGUUGGGUCCCUUGUUCCAGGAGUCACAUUGCUCGUUGGGCCAGUAGCCAGUGCCUUGACCAACAGAUAUGGUUGCCGAGCAGUGACCAUUGUAGGAGCUAUUGUGGCUGCAGCUGGUUUUAUCCUCAGUCUCUUCGCUCCCAACAUCUACUAUCUCUUCUUCAGCUUUGGUGUUCUCUCAGGUCUGGGGUUUGGAUUAAUGUACCUUCCUGCAAUUGUGAGUGUCAGCCAUUAUUUUGAGAAGAAGCGAUCCUUUGCCACAGGCAUUGCGGUCUGUGGAUCAGGCCUCGGGACGUUUAUAUUUGCUCCUGUUUCCAAGCUUCUGGUGGAUGAGUACACGUGGAAGGGGGCAGUUUUAAUAGAAGCUGGAAUUAUCCUCAACUGUAUCCUGUGUGGGGCCUUGUUUAGACCUUUGGUUGUAAGACAUAAUAAUGCAGAUAAAAACUAUGAUGCAGAAAAGGCCAAACAAGGGGAGAAGGAAAAACUCAUGAAGAAAACAACAGAAUCUAAUGGUGUUCAACAUGUGAACCAGGAGGAUGAUCUUCCAGAUGUUCAAAAAACAGGAACAAAAGACACAUUGGCCAUUCCAAGUAAAAACAUGCAUAGUCUUAAUGUAGAGAAUGACAGUACUAAACUCUUCAGAAGUGAAGGGGCCAUCAAUAGAAUCACGUCAAAUUCAUUAGCAGCCUCCACAUCCAAACAGUCCAUCACUCAACAGCACUCUGGUCCCAUGUAUAGGAAGGACAUCUUCUAUAGUGGAAGCCUGGUCAAUAUUCCCCAGUAUCGUUCCAAUCCCGAUCUAUAUGUCACAAGUAUAACCUCCCUCCCUGACGUGAUCCCCGAUGAUCACGACUGGUGUCUGUUCCGCUGCCUUGGUCUCUCCCCAGAAAUGAGGGAUGCCAUCAGACAGAUGCUAGAUUUUUCACUGUUAAAAGAUGUCAUUUUCUUACUCUUUACCAUCUCCAACAUUUGCACAAGUAUUGGUUUCAACAUGCCUUAUAUCUACCUCCCUGAUCGAGCAGUCGAAAAGGGGAUCAGUGAAACCGAUGCCACGUUCCUUGUGUCUGUGAUAGGAAUCGCAAACACCAUUGGUCGAGUGGUGUUCGGAUGGAUGGCUGACAAACCCUGGGUGAAUCGAUUGAUGCUCUAUAACACUGCCUUGUUCAUCUGUGGGGUGGCUACUGCCCUCUCUCCUCUCAGUGACAGUUAUCCUUUCCUGGUGUGCUAUGCUGCAAUCUUUGGUGCAUUUAUAGGUGUGUAUGUUGGUUUGACCUCUGUUGUCCUGGUUGACCUUUUAGGACUCGCUAAACUGACCAAUGCUUUUGGACUUCUGUUGAUGUUUCAAGGUUUAGCUACAUUCAUUGGACCUCCAAUUGCUGGCUGGCUGUAUGAUGGCACAGGAAGCUAUGACGUGUCAUUCUAUGUGGCAGGUACGGUGGUGGCCAUAAGUGGCGCCAUGCUGUAUAGCAUUCCAUUCGUACAGAAAUGUCUUGGCCACAGACCACCACAAGAUUUAGUAGAAAUAUCAGUCCCAGAACAGGAAGAGAUGAAAACACUGUCUGCUUGAUUGAAGGAUUUCCAUAGCUUUUAGAAAGAGAUUACAGAUGACAGAUAUUGAAGAUUGAAGACAUUGCAGAAUGAAAGAAGCAUCUGUAUCAGUCCUUAAGAAGUUAAUGUAGCACAAAUGUGAUCUAAAUAUGUCUCUUUGCUCAUGCUCAAGAGAUGAAGGAUUAGUCUAAGAUUUUUUGACGUUCCAUUUUCUGCUUACCUAACCAGUAUGGAAAAAAUGUCUUCGCUUUCUAAUCUUGCUUUUGGUACAGCCAUUCCAUUAUACAAUUAUGAUAGUUAACCAAGCACAUGUAUCUUUAUUUCAACAAAUAUGCUAGAGUUCUUGAAUUUCUUUUAUUAGAUUAUUUCUAAAAUUGAUUUUUCUCUUGUAGAGACUUAAUUAAAAGCAAACUUUUGCAUGUGAGACUGUGCCUUGGUAUAUUUGUAUUGUGCAUAAAGGGAGGUAACUUGUGACAGAUAAAUGAAUGAAAGGACAUAACAUAUAUAGAACUAUGUAUUCUAUGCCAUUACAUAUCCGUUUCUAUGUAAUAAAGCUUGAAGUUACAAUUACUUAUAUAGCUACUUUGUUUAUGUGAAUGUUUACUUCAAUUUAUACUACAAUAUUAAUAUGUUAAUUAUUUGCUUGUGUUAAGUUUUUUUUUUCAUUCUACAAAUUGUAUUUUACCACAGUAUAUUGUUUUAUGUGGCAUACCCAUCUUUUAAUCAUGUUUUAAUAGAUAUGAAAAUCAUAGAACAAAUUGAAUAAUUUGAUUUUAUGAUCAAAACCUUGAACCCCUUUUUUUACCAUGACUAAUCAUUUUUAAUUAAUAUUAUUAAUAAAAUUAUGUUUACUUCUAAAAUCUAUCAAAAUUCAUCUCCUUAUGUAUAUAAAUGAAUAAGAUACUUUCCUGGCAAGAAUGAUUUUAUUCAAUUCCAAAAUAUUUUGAAGAGUUCAUCAAGUAUUCAUAUUUUUAAUAACGGUGAACCCAGUGACGAGAGGCAUUACAUUCAAGUGUGAGACACUAUUAAAUGCGUGCAAUAUAUCCAUUGGAAUUUAUACCUAGUCAGGAAGAAUUCAAGCAAUAAUAGAAUGAUUUUUUUGAUUGUAUCAACUGUUAUCAUUUACAAUACUACUUUUGUAUCUGUGUGUUACUCCCCCCCCCCCCCCCUUCCUUUCUCAAAUCACACAUGGGGAUUAUUUUUGUGUUUUAGUUUAAAACUGAUAUUGGACAUUUUUUUUUUAGAAUUAUUUCAUCAAUUGAACAUCUCUUAUUGAUGGAUAAAAUAUUAAGAUAUAUUUUUAUGCUUCACUCUUCUAGUAGACAUAAAUGUAACAAAUAUUGUUAUUAGUAGUAAUAGCUUACAUUAUUUUAUAUAUGUAAUUAUAUUUGUUUUCAUAAGCUAGAAGCCAGCACUAUUGUUAUUGGUAUUGAGGAUAUUGUACCCUAGACUGCACUACCGGUUAUAGAAGAGGAUUCAAGAUCCAGGAUAUAAACACAGUACACAAUAUUACUACAAUACUACAUAGAACGGAAUUGCUUAGAAAAAUGUUGAAGCAGUUUUUUUUAUCAUAAUAUGUCUCAUUUUUAACUGAUUGCUUGCUGACAUUUUGUAUAGACAGGAAAUACAAAGAAAAUUUGGAAAACACGAGAUAUUAAAUAUGUAUUGUUGAUAUAGCUGUGAUAUUUUUUGUACAAAAAAUAUCUUAGUACACAUAACAGCAAGAGUGAAGAAAUGGUGAUAUUUGACAAAAUACAAUUAUUUGUUAUUUGCCACUAAACCCAAGGUAUGUGUAUCAGUUGUAUAGAAUUUACAGUGUAUAAAUUAUCAUUUCCUGAUGAAGCUACUCUAUGUCUGUGACAUAAUGAUUGAAUGAAAAUCCAAAUAUUAUAUAUUUUCUUGAAUAAAGAAGUAAAAAAGGCAA